CGGUCCUGGGGAGCAGCUCAAGGUGGAAAGGGUGAAGUCAGGCUGUGGAGUAAGGAGCGAUGGGGAUGGGGCAAGGGGGACAGAUGAGGUCACAGUGCUGGAAGGGGCCAUCCUGCAGGCUCCCAGGCCAGCGCGAGGAUGUGAGGUUUUCUCCAUGUGCACUGAGACCGCAGCACCAGGUGCCAAGCCUCCUCUCCCUCCAGAGGGCCGCCCCUCGGCUCUGUCCAGCCCUCUGACUUCUGGAAGGCCCUCCUCCGGGAAGAGACCAGUAAUGAAAAACAAAGCAAAACAAAACUGGAAGUGCCGCUGACUGAGCACUUAGAACUCACCAGGCACAACGUUAAGCAUAUUACGUGCAUUAUUUCACUUAAUCCUCACAAAAGCCCCCCUUGGGGAAGGUACUUCCACCACAUCAAAGUCACUGCCCAAGGUCCCUGCUGAGUGAUCAGGAAGCCCGGCUUCAAAAUAACCAUGAAUUGUGGAAAGCUGCACUCAACCAGAGACCAAAUCAGAACUCCACAAGUCAGAGUCCAGCGGGUGUUGCUUGGCGCUCCAAAUGCCUGAUGCCCACCCCAUCCCGAGCAGGUCCGUCAGCUUGGCUGGGCUGUCCCACCCUCCAGGCCAUACUGGCCAAUCCCCCUUCCUUCCUCGGGGGGCGGGGGGGACUGGAUUGGGCAGGUCCCCUAGCUCGCCCAGGGCCGCCUGACUUGUGCCUUGGCAGCCCUGAGGGCUGACCUGUGCAGGAACGCAGGCCGAAGUCACAGUCAUCUCAGCUCACACAGACUCCAGUGGGAAUGACGCUGUGCAGAUGGGCGAUCCCAGCGCAUUAGGGGACUAUCUCUCCACCUCCUUGGCCUCUGACCCUCUCUGAGUGGGAGAUACCAGCGGUGUUCAAAUUCCAAAGGAGGGCUCCCCUUGGGCUGCAGAGACCAACUUUCAGGGCGGCUGGGAACCUCUGCUUUCCCACCUGCCAAGGGGCUGACCACACCUCUGCCCUAAACGGCCCGCCAAGAGUUGGGGAAAUGAGAAAGGAGGGAGAUUCCAGGCAGCCUCUCUCUGCUGGCCUGCUCAAGUUUCCUCUCUAAGAUGGGAGCCGUGCCCGACCCUGUUUUUCUUGACAACUCCCACCAAGAUUCACAAACUCAACUGCUCCAGAGGAACUGGGACCCCAACGCCCCCCGCCGCGCCCCUGCCCAGAGGGACAGUGGUCCCAUCCAGGCCUCCAGACUGCAGACUGGGACCGAGAAGAGAGAGAGGUCCCGGCGGCCACACGAGGCCAGGAUCCUGGAAACAGCACCAUCAACCGGGCUCCCUGCAGCGCUCACCCAGCAAGCCGCCCAGGAGCGCCCUUCCACGGCCUCUUCUCGGGUUGGAGUCCGCGGCACUGCGCCCCGCCCGCCCAGGAGCCGCCAAGACGGCGCGGCCCGAGGGAGCUCGCUUGCCCCGGGGGUGGGGAUGGGAGACUCCCCUCCUGCGCCUGCCCCGCGACCCGCAGCCCGGCCUGGGGACGGUGGGGGACUCACCUCCUGCGCCGGCCCGGUGCCCAGCCCGCGAGUUCGCACCGCGGCCGCCAGGGUCCCCGCCUGCUACGCCCAGGUCCCAACCCGCUCCGCCCAGGUCCCAGCCGGCUCCACCGGACACGCCCCCACGGUGACUCGGCCAAUCGGAGCCCGGGAAGCGGGAGGGGCGGGGCCUGGGCGCGGCUCCUGGAGGGCGCCCGGGCUCCUGAGCGCCGCAGGUCUGGGGCUGGGCGGGACUGGCGCCCCUGUUUGACCCCCUGGCCCCGCCCGGCUUCCCUUUCCGCCCGCCGCUGCCCCACGCGGAGCGCGACUGCUGUCACCUGCUGGGACUGCGACCCUGGCCUUGGGCAGGGGUGGGGUGGGGGCGCCCGCGACUGCGAGAUCUGCGGGGCUCUGCGGGGAAACGGGCAGUGGGAGGCUUGUGCCUUCUGGUGCCUCCGGCGGGCCUCACAGCACAGUCACCCUCAGUGGUCAAUAAUCGUAAUAUGAAAAUGCAGCAGCACUUUAUAACCUUUUUUUUUCUUGAGAUAGGAUCUCCCUCUGAUGCCCAGGCUGGAGUGCAAUGGCGCAAUCACAGCUCACUGCAGCCUGCACAGAAAUCAUCCUGACCCCAGGAGAAUUAGCCCACCAGGACAGGCUAGUUUUUGUA